GAGCUACUUCUUCAUCUUACCACACCCUGACUCGCAUUGAACUGUUUUUGUUCCAUGCACAUAUCAACUCAAUCAAUCUCUUCUAACCCUCUUCUCUCCGCGUAUCGACUUCAUCAUAGUACGCCUCUUUCUUUGUGUUAUUGACGUCUGAACUCCGUUAAUAUGUCUCCUCACGCGCUUCCUAUGUUCGCAGAACAGGCACAGACAGAUGUUCUUGCCUUGAUGAAGAAGUACGCCAUCACACAGAACGGUUUCCUGCCGGCCGAUGCACCGGUCAAAGUUCUUUCGGAUCCUUACUACUCACCAUGGGAAACGAUUGUUCAUCAUCUCCCGGAGCUUCUCAAAGCAGGCAAGCUACGACAAGACGUCAAAGGUCUUCCUCUCUUAUCGACGAACAAGCUACGCAGUCAAUCUGAGUGGAGAAGAGCUUAUGUGAUUUUGAUCUUUCUGGCGCAUGCCUACAUCUGGGGCGGAGAGCAGGCAGAACAGAUCUUGCCUCCAGCAGUAGCUGUCCCUCUCCUACGCGUCUCCGAGCAUCUCGAGGUUCCGCCUGUCGCGACCUACGCAGGCUUGAACUUGUGGAACUUCCUAUCGACUACGAACGAUUUCACUGAUCUAGACUCUCUUGAGUCUCUACACACUUUUACUGGCACAAAGGACGAAGCUUGGUUUUACUUAGUCUCAGUGGCCAUGGAAGCCCAAGGCGCUCGAAUCAUGACCGACAUGCUGAAUGCUUUGGAGUCCAUCAAGACAAGGCACUACGACACAAUCACGCGGGCACUAGAAGCACUGUCUGGCAAUAUUCGACAGAUCGGGGCUUUGUUGGAACGGAUGUAUGAGAACUGCGACCCGAUGGUAUUCUUCUACGAGAUUCGUCCAUUUCUGGCCGGAAGUAAAAACAUGGCAGCAGCAGGCCUACCUAAAGGUGUCUUUUACGACGAAGGCAAUGGCCAGGGUAGUUGGCAACAACUUCGUGGGGGAAGCAACGGACAAAGCUCUCUUAUCCAAUUCCUCGACAUUGUUCUGGGGGUUGAGCACACGUCAGAGGGCAAUAGCAACCCACAUGCAAGCAAGACCAACACCAGCCAAACACGAAUGCCUGCUUUUCACGAGGAAGUACGCAGUUACAUGCCAGGGCCACACAAACGUUUCCUCGAACACGUUGCCCGCAUGGGCAGCAUCCGAGAGCUUGCAAAACUACCGGUUUCAACUGUCGAACAGCAAGACUUCUGCAAUGCAUAUCAAGCAGCAAUUCGAACGAUGACGGAGUUUCGGAACAAGCAUUUGCAGAUUGUUACCCGCUACAUCGUGCUUCCUUCGAAGAAGAUGCACAGUGGUGUGAAAGUAGACUUGGCAAGCGCGUCUUCAGUAAAGGACGAGCAGCUCACGGGGACAGGCGGAACAGCGUUGAUGCCAUUCCUGAAGCAAACAAGAGACGAAACUCUGCAGGCGGGACAGUUAGAGAGAGCAGCGCGGAGAUGAUCAUUUGAUGCGUCGAUCCAUGAUAUCCAUAACAGUAGAGCCACCGAAAAGGAGCGAAAUUACAUAAUUCAGUGCUAGACUAAUGCAAGG